CUUACGAUGACCGGACCAACUUGCCUCGCUGUCGUCGCCGGAAUUUCCGGUGUCUUCGUUUUCGGAGCUCUUUUCUCUGUUGCUCAGAUCUACAAUGAUAUCAGCUCAUUUGCCGAUAACGCCCACAGAGAGCUCGGAGAAUUCAAGGGAUUCGCUAAUGAUGCCUGGAACUCGAUGGUAAACCACGACGAUGCUACUCGUGUUGCUCGCAGUGUCUUUGUUCGUCGUCACAAGAAGCACUCUCAAUGCAACUGCGGACCACAAGCCUCCAACUGCCCAGCCGGACCACCAGGACCACCAGGAGCUCCAGGAGACAGAGGACUUGACGGACAGCCGGGAGGUGCUGGAAACCCAGGACAGCCAGGAGUUGCUGGACCAAAGAGCCAUGAACAACAAGAGUGCAUCAAGUGCCCAGCCGGAUCCCCAGGACCAGCAGGAGCUCCAGGAGCACCAGGACCACAAGGACCAAAUGGACAGCCAGGACACCCAGGACAAGGAGGAAGCCAAGGACCAGCAGGACCACGAGGACCAGCUGGAGAUGCUGGAGCACCAGGACAAGUCGGUGCCCCAGGAAACCCAGGACAAGCCGGAAGAGGAGGACAACGUUCCCACGGACUUCCAGGACCAUCUGGAGCCCCAGGACCACAAGGACCAUCAGGAGCCCCAGGCCAGCCAGGACAAUCUGGAGGUCAAGGACAACAAGGACCAGCAGGACCAGCCGGACCAGACGGACAACCAGGACAGCCAGGUCAAGAUGGACAAGCCGGAGCACCAGGAAACGAUGGAGCCCCAGGAGCCGAUGCUGCUUACUGCCCAUGCCCAUCCCGCAGUGGAUCUUCCUCAGCAGUUGAAACUGGAGCUGCCGAGCAGGGAUACCGUCACCGUGCUGUUGCUGCUCGCCACCGCAACGUCAUUCGUCGCCGUGUCGCCAAGAAGCGCGUCGUCAAGAAGAAGCGUGUUGUUGCCCGUCAAGCUUAAAUGACCAUUCACCUAUCAACUCAUUUAAUGAUUGAAAUUCGAAUAAAACAGUUUUCUAU